CUCAACCCACCCAGGAGGGACAGUACCAAAAAGGAGCCCAGAGCCAGAGCCAGAGACAAGAGGCAGAGGCAGAAGAUUAAAGACACAAGAUCGACGGAGAGAGAGCCGGAGACACGAGCCCUUACUGGCACCGUGCGGAUACUGGAUAUCUCUGAUCACAGCUUGCUUUUAGAGAGCUUACUUACCCUCGUCGUCCCCUGAGCACCUGCAGCAAUGUCACCCGGCCUCUCGCAAGUCGAGGUCAGACGCCUCCCUUCCCUCGAUCUCGACUUUGGCCAACCUGCUGGCGACGCAGAAGCUCAACUGGCACAUUCCGAGUCUCCCAUCUUGCACGCCUCCAAUGACGCACUGAGCAGCAUUGCGGCCCCGCACUCUCUGCUUGACUCUACUCAUUUGGUCGACUUCGAAUUCCCCUCGUACCAGGAUCUGACAGAGCCUGCAUCCAUGGUCAAUUUCGACGACCAUGCCGGCGACAUGUUCGCGCACUCACAGUCGGAUGAGAUAUCAUCAAUGGCCGACCGCCGGAACUCGGUAAACUCCAUCACCGUGCGGACAACAAAUUUUCGGGGCGCCUCCGGCCAAAGAGGGCUCAGCAUGGACGAGUCCGAUGACGGCAGUCCCGACAGCAACAACUUUGGCGCCAACUCGCUUGAAGACCCCAUGUCGGACGAGUUCGGCUUGUCUACCGGCGGCCCCGGGGACUGCAACAGCAAGUCCAAGGUCGACAAGACCGAUUCAGUUCCGGCAUGGAGCGAAUUGAAGACCAAGGCCGGCAAGGAGCGGAAACGGCUGCCGCUGGCCUGUAUCGCGUGCAGGAGGAAGAAGAUCCGCUGCUCGGGUGAAAAACCUGCCUGCAAGCAUUGCCUGCGGUCUCGGAUCCCCUGCGUAUACAAAGUCACAGCACGGAAAGCGGCCCCCAGGACAGACUACAUGGCCAUGCUGGACAAGCGGCUGAAGCGAAUGGAGGAACGUAUUAUUAAGAUAGUUCCGAAGGCAGAACAGGACGGCCUCGCCUCGUCCGUGACCCGUGCAGUCGUCAAGCCGGCGAUUCCAGGCACGCUCACCGCCAAUAAGUCGGCAUCCAAGAAGCGCGGUGCCGAAGACGCGUUCGGUGCGGAUCUUGAUCACUGGGCCCGCGCACCGUCCAGGUCAAGACUGGACGGCCCAGACAGACCCUCGUCUCUCAUGGUCCAGGAAGAGGAGGAAAGCAAGCUGCUGCUGGAGGGAGCCGAAGCGCUGCCCUCCAAGGAAAUCCAAGAACACCUAGCUGAAGUCUUCUUCGAAAACAUAUAUGGCCAAGCUUAUUAUCUCCUCCACAGACCAAGCUAUAUGAGGAAACUCAGAGCCGGUGCAUUGCCUCCAGUCCUGGUGCUCUCAGUCUGCGCCAUCUCGGCACGCUUCUCCAACCACCCCAAGCUCAACACGAGCCCGCAGUUCCUUCGAGGGGAGGAGUGGGCCUCUGUUGUUCGCGAUAUCCUCACCAAGCGAUACGAAUGGCCAAACAUCACCAUCCUCACCUGCCUCGUGAUCAUGGGCCUGCACGAGUUUGGCACCUGCCAUGGUGGUCGGAGCUGGUCCCUCGCAGGCCAGGGUAUCCGAAUGGCGUUCGCCCUCCAGUUACACAAGGACCUGGAGUACGAUCCGCUGCGGCUCAACGGGAGGACACAGCUGAGCUUUGUCGACCGGGAGAUCCGAAGGAGGACAAUGUGGGCCUGCUUCGUCAUGGAUCGCUUCAACUCGUCAGGCACUGACCGACCGACGUUCGUCGGCGAUGAGACCCUGAAGAUUCCCCUGCCCAUCAAGGAGAAAUACUUUCAACUGGACAUGCCCGGCCCAACCGAAAACUUGAACGGCCACGUCGUCGAUCCCGUCUCCGCGGACGAUGGGCAGCUCGCCGAUGCGAAGGAAAACAUGGGCGUCGCGGCAUACAUGAUCCGCGUCGUUGCCCUGUGGGGUAGGAUUAUCACCUACCUCAACCGAGGGGGCAAAGACUCGGACCCCCAUCCCAUGUGGAGCCCGGAAUCGGAAUACUCGAAGCUCAUCAAGCAGACUGAGGAUGUCAUCACCAACCUCCCUGACUUUCUCAUUUACACGCCGGAUAAUCUCCAGCUACACGACACCGAGAACAUGGCGAACCACUUCCUCUUCUUCCACAUCGCUAUUCAGCAGAACAUCCUCUUCAUGAACAGGUUUGCCGUCUCGUCUCCGAGUGGGAGCUCCCAGCAAGACGUACCCAAGGCAUUUGUGACCAAGGCCGGGGCGAAGGCAUUUCAGGCGGCGAACCGCAUCUCGGAGCUGCUCAAAGAUGCCGAAUCGCACUUCGUCACCGCGCCAUUCACCGGUUACUGUGCAUUCCUGUCCAGUACCGUCCAUAUCUUCGGAAUUUUCUCGGGGAAUCCGACGAUGGAGGCGACCUCGAAACGUAACCUGGCGACCAACGUCAAGUACUUGUCCAAGAUGAAGCGCUACUGGGGCAUGUUCCACUGGAUGGCCGAGAAUCUGCGGGAGCAGUACCGGACCUGUGCCGACGCUGCGAGGCAGGGGAAUCCCGCCAACGAGAAUUCGGCCUCGCCCAUCUUCCAGUACGGCGAUUGGUUCGACAGGUAUCCGCACGGAGUGUCUGGAUCCGACUUCAUGGACCCCGCGGCUUACAAGAAGAAGGAGACGGGAGAUGAUGCCGUACUGGAGCAGAAGCCCGAGCUGCAUACGGUGGAGGAGUACUUCACCAGCCUGUCGCCGGGUAGCGCCGAGGCCGCCAACGGCAGCGUAGGGAGGCCCGGCCAACAAAUGAAGCGCAAGUCGAUGGCCCGCAAGGGCGGUAGCGCCGCAGUAUCUCGGGGCGACCAGCAGCAACAGCUGGAGCCGCUCCAGACCGAUUUCGCCCAACACGCCGCAGACCAAAUCCAGGCCCGCGUCCAGCACCACCGGACGUUUUCGGGUGCCGGCAACGGGGCGCUGGGCGGCCAGACAAGCGGGCCGUCGUCGUUCAACCCGCUCACCGUCCCCCACGCCGCCAACGGCAACUCGUACCACGGCCUCUCGCCGCUCAGCCCCGUCUCCGUCUCCCAGUUCCGCCACCACCACAACCCGUCCUUCUUCCCCCCGGUCCCCUUCAACAUUUCCCUCGCCGCCCACCAAGGCGGCAUGGCCCUACCCCAACUCGAUCGGCAGCUCGUGUUCGGCGCCUACGGCAACGGCGUGGACCCCGGCGUCAACCUGGCCGGGUGGUCGCAGCAGGACGGCGGCGCGGACGGCGGCAGGCAAGGCGGCGGCGGUGGCGAGGGCGGCCGGGGCAGCGGGAGCCAGGCGGGCGGCAACGGCAACGGCGGCCACAUGGCGGCCGCGGACGCGGCGCUGCACGCGGCGUUUGCGCACGAGCCGAGCUCGGCCUGGUUCAUGCCCUUCAACAUGGAGCCGCCCGAGCUUGGCGCGGAGCUUGGCGUCGGGCUCGAUGGCUUCGUCGACAUGUUUGGCGGGAGCAUGUCUACGGCCAGCGGCGGCAUGGGCGGCAUGCACCACGGGGCCAGGUGAUGGAAGGAUGGAUGGGGCGGAAAGUUGCAGGUUGGCGGUUGGGAAGUGUACAAGAGUUUCAAGUUGCUGCUGACACGGGGGGCGGCUUCUUUUGGGCCGCCGGCGAGGGAAGUGGAAGGGAACAAGGGGUGCCUGCCAGGUCACCCGAUUUUGCGGGGACCAAAUUUCAAACGUGGCAGAGAGAUGUUGGCGAGCACGCGGCGAUUUAUCUUGCGUCAUUACAGCGGCCGAGAAAGGAGAAUGGUCGGAGGUUUCCCAUUUGCCACGGCACACAUAUCAAACUUUUUUGCGACAGGCGGCGCAACCGGGUCGAGGAGGUGCGGUUCCCCCUACUUUAUACGUUAUGGGUGACGCAUACCAAGUUCAAAGGAGUACUUGAGCUUGCGCGCCUUGGAGUUCAAUUUUUUGGGGGGAGGUAAGGGGGUAAUCUGGUAGCAACGUGGGGAGGGAGUCAACUUGGGAUGGGGACUCUCCA